AUGUCGACGCGGCUGCCCACUGCUGCCUCUGCAGCGGCCUGCGGCGGCUCCCAUGACGCCCCGUGGCGACCCUCCUUGGACGCUUCUCCGCCCUCGAGGCCUAGCAGCUGCAGGACCGACUCACGACCUUCCGGCUCAGAGGACUUCGACCUGGCCGAUGACGAGUUUUGGGUCUGCGACCGCUGCGGCUCGGCUGAUGCCGAGUGGAGUGAGAAGCUCAGGACGUGGAGCUGCGUUCCUUGCGGGUCGACGACCUUCUCCCCGCAGCCCUUCGGCGGCGCAGGCAUGGACGGCACAUGGUUCUUUGUUCCACGAGGCCUUCAUCCUGACCAAUGCACCAUGCAGGCCCUUCAACUGGACUUCCGAGGUGGUUUGCUCCGAGCUUCAUGGCGGCGCAGCCUGGUCAUGCCGAGCUUGGACCUUGUCGAGUAUUCCACCACCCCGAUUCAGGACAACCUCAUAUACCGCUUGGCAUGGAUCCGUCACUACUUCAUAACCGCUUCCGAUGGCAACCUUCUCAAGGACACUGCCGAGAGCGAGGCUCCGACCUAUGAUCCAAGCAUCGCACCCAGUGAUAUACUUGGAACGAAUGGCAAUCCCGAGGUGACAACAUCACCGGCUUCAACCACUUCAUCAAGACGCCGGAGAAGAAGGAGGCGACCAGAUGGAGGACCUCCUGGAGAUCCUGAUCCACCUGAUCCUGACCUACCGCCCGAUUCUGGACCUCCUCAACUGCCUGAGCCUCCAGCAUCUUCGAACAGGUCAGCUGCGGGCGGCAAGCCCUCGAGGCCUGGCGGAUCUGGUCCACCUUCGGAUCCACCUGGUGAUUCACCUGGCCCUUCAUCCUCGACUUCAUGGAAUAGCAUGAAAGGGCCGAUGCACGGCAUCAAGUACCGCGGAGGCCAACCUCCACAACCACCGCCCUGGCACUAUGACGAGGGCGACCUGGCGGCGUUCCGCAAAUGGAAGAAGCGGAUGGAGGCAGGAAUCCUUCUCUACAACUCCCUUAAAGGGGAGUUGGAGGAGGAGCUGGAGGAUGCUGCAGUGGAUCGUAUCUACGAUCCCGAUGGAGUGACCUUCAUCGUGGACACCAUCCAGAAGGCGGUUGAAACCAGGACCGUGCACCUCAAGAGACAGCUGCUCUCAAGCUACAUCUACCGGAGUCCAACCGAAUCGAUGAGAUCUUUCACCAACCGCUACCAGAGGACAGAACGCUCCCUCGCCACCAUCAACAUCCGUGUCCAAGACAUGUACGACAGUGAAGCGAGAGGGGCCCGGUUGUUGGAACGGGCAAAGUUGUCGCCUGAACACCAGCGACAAAUCCUGAUCAGCGCCGGACAAUCGUUAGAGUUCGACCAGGUGAAAGAUGACGUCCCUGAGGAGAAUGACGGAGAGGAAGAUGCAGCCGGGUCUGACGACCUUGAAGCUGCAGAAGAUGAACAACCUGACGACAGCACCUGGGACGACCACGAGGUGCAGGAGAUCCUCAGCAUCACGGCCAGGAAGUUGGCCGGAGUGAUGCAAGCAAGAAAGUACGGCAAUCCCACUUCCGGACCGCCGAAGAGGAGCAUCUCAGACCGGAAGAAGAACACCCAUUGCUCAGCUUGCGGCCAACAAGGCCAUUGGGCCGGUGACGCUGAGUGCACUGUUAGCAACAAAGGCGGCAAGCAAGGCAAAGAUGCUUCAAAGGGCGCCGGAAAGGGCGACAAGGGCAAGAGCACCAGGACAGUUCAUUUCAUGAACCACUAUGGCGGCUCCAUCGACGAGCACGAUGAUGGAUGUGAGAGCCAGCACGUUUCCCAUGCGGUUUUUGUCUCACAUCAUUUACCCCAACACCAAGUUUGCCUGAUGGAUGCCGCAAAAGCAGUUGGCCACGUCAUCAUUGACACGGCCUGCCAGCGGCUUUGCGCUGGGAGGUAUUGGAGUGAGGCCCAAAGAUCUUUGAUGUCUUCAUGGAACAUCGCCCCCGCAGAGUUUUCGUCGUCAGAGUAUUUUGAGUUUGGGAAAGGGCCACCUAUUCACUCCACCACCACGUUUUGCUUUCCGGUCGUUUUUGGUGACUACAUCUGCAUCUUGGCGCCAUGCAUCCUGGAAGCCCUCAUACCGUGUUUAGCAAGCAGCCACAACCACAUCAAGCGCUCAGGGAAUCGGCAUGGCAGCUACGCCCAGUGCCUGGAUUGCAAGAUCAAGUGGCGCUGGAACAAGGAGUUGGACGGGUGGGAACACUUCACCGCAGCAUCCAGUUCCUCACCAUUGCUACCCGCACGAUCAGCUCCCACUUCCUCCGACUACCGGUUCGAAGACAGCGCCGGCAUCUUCGGGGCGGACUUCUAUGAGAACCUCCGGACCGCUGCCGAAGCGCAAGGCCACCAACAAGCAGAAAGACCAAACGGUCUGGGAGACAGUCCAGGAGCAUCAGAGGAGACAUGGCCCGGCUUCGAGAACAUGCCCUUGCCGGCACCUCCAGAUCCGGACCUCGACCUGGAGGAGAUGCUCGAACGGGACUUGGCCCGAUGGGAGGAGCAGGAACUUGGGGCAGACGAUCCACGACUGCCUCCGGGAUGGAAUCCAGCAUGGGACACCCUCAUCGACCCAAUGCAGGACCCCGUCCAGGAGAUCAGCGAGGACGACUACGACUGGGACAACAUCGACGGCUAG